AUGUGCGCCGACUUGAACCAAAAGUGCCAGGAGGAGGAGUUUCCUUUCUUUCCAAACAUCUUCACAGAGUCAUGGGUCCUGCUUGUUUCUGACGAGCUCGGCGAAUUUGGUGCCUUCUGCGCUGGACCGCAGCCAGAGGGCGACUUCGGACAUCGCUGGAUGAAUCUCCUCACAAGAAACGGACAUUUCAAAGGCAACUUGCUUGGCGACCUUCAGGAGCUUGGCAUCAGCCUACUGGAUGUCAUUGCGGCCAAGAAGUUCCUCAAUUCUGUUCAUAUACAACAGGCACUGCACUUUGGUUAUGACAGGCUGCAGUCAUGGCGUCGUUUCCUUGCCCAGGCUUGCAUGCAGCGAGUUGCAAGCACGAGCUCGACAUCCGAUUUCGAUGUGAUUAUAAGAGGAGAUUAUGUGGUAGCUCGUCAAGCUGUCCUUGCUCAGCUGGCAGCAUGCGGCGGCUUUGAUGCUUCGAUCGUUGCCUCCCCUUGGACUGCUUGGAAAAAGGCGUUGUCU